CCCGGGAAUCUGAAGCAGCGUCACCAUUUCGCGGCUGGCUCAGCAGUUUAAAACCUGAGCGGCUCUACUCCGCUUCACUCUUUCUCCCUAAUCAGAGACAAGAAACAAAAUGGCAAGAACCAAGCAGACCGCUCGUAAAUCCACCGGAGGCAAAGCCCCCAGGAAGCAGCUGGCCACCAAGGCUGCGCGUAAGAGCGCCCCGGCCACCGGCGGCGUGAAGAAGCCUCACCGUUACAGGCCCGGUACCGUGGCUCUGAGAGAGAUCCGUCGCUACCAGAAAUCUACGGAGCUGCUGAUCCGCAAGCUGCCCUUCCAGCGCCUGGUGAGAGAAAUCGCUCAGGAUUUCAAGACCGACCUGCGCUUCCAGAGCUCCGCUGUCAUGGCUCUGCAGGAGGCAAGCGAGGCCUACCUGGUCGGCCUUUUUGAGGACACCAACCUGUGCGCCAUCCACGCCAAGAGGGUUACCAUCAUGCCCAAGGACAUCCAGCUGGCCCGCCGUAUCCGCGGAGAGAGAGCUUAAACCAAUGCUGCUCCACUGACCAUAACAACGGCUCUUUUAAGAGCCACUUCACUGCACUCAAGACAAAUCUCCUCCGCUGCCCUCCUCGUUAAAGACUGUUAAUACAUAUAAAACACUAAAUAAUUGACUGCAGGGUUAAAGGUACAUAUCAAUACCAUUGAAGUAUUAAAUAAAUUAACUACAGUUUAUUACAAGAAAUAUUUUUACCGGUUUAUACAUGCAACAUUGUUUGGUAGUUUUACCACACUAACUGACAACUUUCACAAGAAGGGUUACAGAAAAAGAUUUGUUACAUUAAUAGCUCUGCAAAGAAUACACAUUGGAAAUUAUGCAAGCUAAGACCCGGCCUGCUAUUAAUCUAAAAUAGAUUAGUAUUGCUACUUUCACUUCGUCUGUCAAAUGGAACCAUGGUCAGAGCUGCAAUGAAAUCAAAUAUUCAUUUCAAAUGAGAUGACUUAGCUUCGUCUGAGAAACUGAUCUACUCGGCGUAAACAGCUUAAGCUAUUGAAAACGGGGCCUUUGGUAAACCAUUCCAAAACAAGUCUCCCAGGGAUUGCAGCCCAUAUACACAAGUGAAAUCUAUGCAGCCUUGAACAUAAUCGUAACGGUUGCAUUACAGGAAUUAAUCAACUGGACAUUUAUACCCCACUAAUAUAGUCUUGUGAUGGAAAAGGUUUAGUAGAACUGAAUGCUAUGAACACAAAUAUCACUAGCAUCAAGAGGGCCGAGGUUCCUAUCAGAGCCGAGGAUGUGUCAUGCUGAGGAUGCUGGAGAGUCAUUCUAGAGUUGGGACUCAAUUUUAUAUCCAUGUUUAAAUAAUACAUUUUACGCAAUAUUCACUUCAAGCAAGGAUCAAAUUAAUAUUGUGGCACAGUUCUCUCAUUUAUUACAAAAGUAUCAUUUAUUUAGCAGAAUAUGCAUUUUCUCUGCUGUCUGAUUUAGUAAAUACCAACUUUGGCUCUUUACAUUAACACUAGGAUACAUGUUUAUGUAUAUUAUUUGGAUCAUUAUUUGUGUAAAAUAAUCAUUAAAACAUGACAAAUGUGUUUGGAAAACGAUUUGUCUCACGAGUGAGAUAUCUUUCAACCUGUCCAUAUUUUACCCACUGAUGAAUAAGAUAAGUGGUACGAGUUACAUGUAU